AUGGACUCUAGAACAUCACCAAAUUAUUCCUCAUCACGAUCUAGCACUGAUGAGAAAAUUCCAACAAAAACCGAAUGGGUCCGAUUCCAACCUAUUGAUAUUACCAAACGAUUACCAAAUUUUGAUAUUGAUCCACGCAAUGUGGUGAGUGGAACCCGACGAAGAAAGAAUUUGGAUUAUCAUGUCUCUAAUUUAACUGGAAUGCAAGUCACUGUGAAACGAUCCUCAAAGAAUACUUUGGAAAAGAGGUCAUCCAUUUUUUUGUGGAAUCCUGAAUCUGCUGGAAAUUCUCAACAAAACUGGAAGGACAUUCAAAAAUAA